CCAAAAGCCUAGCUAAGCUAUCAGAAAUGGCAAAGAGAUCAGAAAUUGUGUUGAUUUUGAGCAUGUUGUUAUUGAUAGGAUGGUCGGAAGGUGUGAAUGAAUUUGAUUACUACCAGGUGGUGUUGCAAUGGCAGCCCGCAACUUGUAGCAGUUCAACCCUUGUAGAUGAAUGUGUGCAACCUCCAGAUGAGAGAUUCAGUAUUCAUGGCGUGUGGCCCAGCUUAUUGUCUGGAGAUGCUGUAUGUUCUGGUACUCCGCCCUACGAUGGUACUCAGCUGAAUAGCAGUAUCCGAGCUAGGCUGCACCAAGAUUGGCCAAGCGUGGUUCACAGAGUGGACCCACCGUUUUGGAGCCACGAGUGGACAUUGCAUGGGACUUGUUCUUACGCGUAUUUGGACCAGUUCCACUACUUUGAUUUUGGGCUGUUUGUAUAUGGCAAUUACGAUGUGCUGGGUAUUCUAAAUUAUUACAAUGUGUAUCCAAACGGAAAUUUAUAUGCGAGGAGUGAUGUGGAGAACAUAAUUUACAGUGCAACGGGAAAGUGGCCAGCCCUUCGUUGCAACAACAACUUUUGGAGUGGUGACGUGCAGUUGCAUGAGAUAAGUUUGUGUUUUAGAAAGCAAGAUUUCAGUCUUGAAGACUGCCCCUACAAUGCUGUAAAAUGCAAUGAUUAUUUCGUGUGGAAUUCGUGGAGUAGUAAUGCAGUGAAAGUGUCCACGGAGUAGAUCAAGUAAUGAUCUUUACCUUCAGUGUGUCUGUAAUAUAUGUUUUCUAAUAACAUAUGCGUCCAUGUGUUUGUUGUGUGUAUCUGUACAUUGAAUAAUGGAAUAAAUUGGAACGUGUAUGUCUUGAAUAA